AUGGGGAUAAGCCUAUUGAAAACCUUUGAUCUCUAUAUUAGAAGAUGUAGGAGGAGGAGGAGCAAUCAGCUUGUGUGCUUGGAAUACGAUAAGGAGGAAAAUGGUGAUGCUAAAUCUGACAGUUUGAGACUUAGCAGUAUUUCAUUCAGGAUUCAAGAUCUGGUUAGGGGGAUAACACAUGGACUUGACUCUGCCUUUUUUAGAUAUAUUCAGUCUAGUGCAUCAGAUCAUAGUGACAUCAAACCUGAGCUCGCCAGAUUCGAGGAAAAUAUGUGGUUGUUUUUUGAUUCAGAUAUCAAGGAAUUCAACAUUAUCAGUUUGUUGCUCUACCACACGCUGGGAGAUUUACAACUUGUUAUGGAUUUCAUUGAUUCCAUUUCAGAGAAUCUGAGGCAUCUUUGCAGUGAAAAUUACAAUGCUGAUGUAGGUCUGAAAUUUGUAAUGCGAACCCUUCAAAAGAAGCUAAUGCACUUGAAGAGUUUCAUUCACUUUGCGACACUACAAGGUGUUGAGGGUGUACAAUUAAAAGAUCUGUUGGUUCACAUUGAAGCUGUGGCUGUCAAUGCUGCAACCCUAAUCUGCAGAUCUUGGUUUCAAAGACAUGAUGAACAAGUGUGCAAUGAGAUGGAAUCUGAAAUUUCUCAACUGAUACACAAGAAGAUUGAUCCUGUUGAUCCCCAAGUCCGAGAAACUUAUAUCCAUGUCUUGGUAGCUUCCAAGUUAUCAAGAUCAUCCUAUACUUUAGCUAUGAAGGAGAAUAAGCAUUUAGUGGCUGAAUUUAUUGAUUAUCUCCUGCAUAGUCUGAUGGAGCUAUUACAAUCUUAUACCCGUUUCCUGGUUCCAGUGAAGGAUCAAAUGCUAAAACUUCAUGAGGGAGUAAGAUUCCUGAUCAUCCUUCUUAGCCGGCAGCAGGAGAAGUUCGAUGAGCUAAAUGAUGAGAUGAAGAAUCUCAUUGGAGUUGUGGUCUCUGAUGCAGGGAUAGUGAUUUUCUCCCUUUCUGCCAAUGAAAUGAAAGAUGACUUGCUCAAGGAAACAGAUCUGAUGCUUUCACAUUUGCUUGAAGUGUUCAAGUUGAUCAUUGUAGAAGUUGGACACAUUUAUCCACUACCAUCUUCAUCACUUAGUUUCCCUAGGACUAACGAGCUCGGCUGUCUUGAUUUUCUUCUAGAAGCUCUCAAGGAACUAGCAAGUUCUACUGCUGAUUCAAUUGAUUUCCCAAAUGAUCAAAUAUGCACUAUCCUAGAAGAUCUUGUAUUCUUACGAUCUUUCCUAGGAAAUGUUGUGGAGCAGCGUAACCAGAAUGGAAAACUCCAAGAACUUUGGAGUCGUGUCGUGAAGGUUGCAUACAGUGUAGAAUUAGAAAUUGACUCUGCACUGCUUGAUGAUAGACACGUACAUUGUUUGGAUGCUGUUGCUCAAGAUAUCAAGCUCAUGAAGAUUGAGGCUGAAGAGAUCUGUGAUAGCAUAAGAUAUGAUGGUGAAACCCUGAGAGGUGCCAAGACUAACAUUCACAUGCCAACACAAGUUACUGCUUCAACAUUUAAUGAAGCUUUGGUAGGACGUAAAGAUGAGGUAGAAAGUAUAAUUGAUAGACUUAUGAGAGGAUCAAGCCAGUUAGAUGUUGUUGCUGUUGUGGGUAUGCCUGGGCUUGGUAAGACCACAUUAGCCAGUAAAGUUUACAGUGAUCGUUCAAUAAAGAGUUCUGAUCAGUAUCAUAAGAUGAGUGAAGAUGAUUUGGCCGAAAAGCUGUACCAGCAAUUGAAAGGGAAGAGGUUUGUCAUUGUUUUGGAUGAUGUUUGGGACAUUGAUGGCUGGAAUUUGUUGAAACACUCUUUGCCAGAUGAUUGCAAUGGAAGUAGGGUACUCUUAACGAGCAGAAUUCAGAAUUUGUCUUUGCAAAUUAAACCUAAUAGCAAGCCUCACCACCUUCGCUCGCUCACUAAUAAAGAGAGUUUGGAACUGUUGCAGAAGAAGCUAUUUGCCAAAGAAGAUUGUCCUCCAGCAUUAAGUGAAGUUGUGCAGUGCAUAGCAAGAUAUUGUAAGGGCCUACCUCUUGCAGUUGUCCUUGUUGCUGGAAUUCUUGCUACUACUCAGCAAGACUGCUGGGAAGAAGUCACAAGACGCCUAAGUUCCACCAUUUUUGUGGACAACAAACACUGCAUGGAGACACUUGAGCACAGUUAUAAUUAUUUACCGGAUUAUUUGAAGCCAUGUCUUCUUUACUUGGGUGCAUUUCAAGAAGACAGAGACAUUCUGGUUCCAAAGCUGUUAUGGCUUUGGAUCUCUGAAGGAUUUGUGCAAAAGACAGAAGGAAAAAGUUUAGAGGAUGUUGCGGACAAGUAUUUGAUGGAUCUGAUUGGGAGAAGUUUAGUUAUGCCUACACAACGAAGAUCUUUAGGUGGGAUCAAAAUUUGCCAAAUUCAUGAUUUGGUACAUGAGUUUUGUGUGGUGAAAGCAAAAGAAGAAAAUUUUCUACAGAUUUUAAAUGUGGAUGACCUUCAUACUUUUAAUGGACCGUGUAAUCCCCAUCGGCUGUCUAUUUACCCUAGCACCAGUGAGGGACCUAUAAAGUCAAGGCUAUUUUUUCCAAAUUUGCGUAGUUUGCUCUUCUUUAACUGCGAUUAUAGACAGCAGCUGGACGGAAGCUCACUCAAAUUUCUGUUAUCUAAACUUCUUAGAGUGUUGGAUUUGGGGGAGACUGUUUGUCCGUAUUUUCCAAGGGAAGUGUUAUUCCUUGUUCACUUGCGGUACCUGAGGAUUAAAGGGAACUUUGGAGAAAUCCCAUCUGCAAUAGCCAACCUCUCAAGGUUAGAAACUUUGGCUAUUAUGGAAGUAGUGGUUUCAAAUUUCCCAUGGACAAUCUUGAAGGCUCCCCAGAUUUAG